ACAGCUUCAAACUCCUCGUUUGAGCUCRGCUUCCAAGAUUAACUUAAAUGCAAAAAGGUCCAGCCUUAUGCUGCUUUCCUGAACACAUGACAAUCUCCUAACAAAGAUCAGUAAGAAAUUGGUCCAGGUAGCUUCCCAUGUUUAAUCAAAAUGAAAAACAGUAGACUAGAGUAAGUAAAAACUAACAAAUACACAAAAAGAGAUAGGACAUUAAAUCUUCAAAGUAUUUGUGAAGCUCCAAGUAGCACCGGGAUUGAGUACUUGACUGCAUAUUAUGUAAAAGCCUCCAUGAAAAUGCCCAUUUCAUCUGUUCUAAUGUUUUACUUUUCUUCCAACACAGGAAUCCCACAUACCCCAGCUGUGCYUCCUCAGAUCUGUACAACACUGAUUCAGACUAUCCAAAAAUWUCAACUGUUCCAGCUGUCACAGAAAAUAACUGGGGCCAGCUGAAUGACAGGAUGCWAGUAGUUACUAUUAUAUUACUAAUUCUUCUUUGUAAUGCAUCUGACUGUAGGAGGACAAGGAAUAGGAGUUUGAGAAACAAUGAAAGGGAAAACAUUUUAAGGAGAGCAUCUGGCACUGUUAAGCGCAAUGCCCGAGGCCCAACAUGUGAUAUUUACACUUACCUUCAUGAGAAAUACCUAGAUUGCCAGGAAAGAAAAUUGGGUUUUCUGGCACCUGAUUGGCCAGAGGAUAUAAAACACAUGCUGCUAGCAAGAAACAGGAUUCGUAAAUUGAAGAAUAAUAUGUUUUCCAAGUAUAAAGUACUGAAAAGUCUGGAUUUACAACAGAAUGACAUAUCAAAAAUUGAGAGCGAGGCUUUUUAUGGUUUGGAUAAACUUACCACACUCUUACUUCAGCAUAACCAAAUUAGGGUUUUAUCUGAGGAGAUUUUUAUUUAUACACCCAGUCUAAACUACCUACGUCUUUAUGAUAAUCCCUGGCAUUGCAACUGUGAACUAGAAACUCUUGUUACAAUGCUACAGGUUCCAACAAACAGGAAUUUGGGAAAUUAUGCCAAAUGUGUGCACCCAAUAGAACUGAAAAAUCAAAAGCUAAAGCAGAUAAAAGCUGAUCAGCUAUGUARUGAAGAGGACAGGCAGGACCCCAGAAACAUAAAACGGGAGAAGCCUGAACCUGCCAAACCAGAAUUUGACUCCUCUUUGUGCCACAUGUAUGUGUUUCCCGUGCCAACUCUGAACUGCAAAAGAAAAGAUUUAAAGAAAGUUCCAGGUAACAUACCUCCAGAUAUAGCAAAACUUGAUCUGUCCAACAACAAAAUCAGACAGCUACGMGCCAAGGAGUUUGAAGAUGUCAGUGAACUGAAGAUAUUAAAUCUAAACAGUAAUGGAAUAGCUUACAUUGAUCCUGCUGCUUUCUCAGGCCUAAAUAACUUAGAGGAGCUGGAUCUAUCAAACAACAGCUUGCAGAAUUUUGAAUAUGGAGUACUGGAAGAUCUUUACUUUCUGAAAAUACUGUGGCUGAGAGAGAAUCCUUGGAGAUGUGAUUACAAUAUUCAUUAUCUUUUCUACUGGCUGAAGCAUCACUACAAUGUUCACUACAAUGGCCUAGAAUGCAAAACACCUGAGGAAUACAAAGGAUGGUCUGUUGGAAAAUAUGUUCGAAGUUAUUAUGAGGAGUGCCCAAAAGACAAGCUUCCCAUUUAUCCAGAAACUUUUGACCUGGACAAAGAUGAUGAGGAAUGGGAACGACACAAAGAGCAAACAGUCCAAACAGUAAAGAAGCACGGUGUAAUUGUCACUGUGAUAGGCUAAUAAGGGAACUCUUUUCCUUAGUACAUUGAAAUAAUUGAUAUUUUAAAAAAGAAAAACUUGCUGUUUACAUUUUUUUUCUAAUUAUACUGUUGGUUUGUAGGAUUAUCUGCCUACAAAGGUGCCUGUUUAUUGCAGAUAAUAACUACAGAAUUACAUUAGUUCUACAGCGUCCUUCAUCUAGUAAUUGUUUUCCACAAUUUGUUCUGGACACUCUUGUGAAAUAUUUUGGCAAAUCUCUGAAACCAUGCAGCAGAAAUCAAUAGAAACAAAUGUACAUAAUAUGGUGGGGAGGAGCUUUCUUAUGUAUGGACACAGUUUGUGUUCACACAGAAAUAGCUGCAGGAUUGUGACCAAGACACAUUUUUCUUGAAUGUAUUGAUGGUUCUUUGUAUCUAUCAGUUUCCUGAAAUAGUCCCAGAAAACAUUUUUAAGAUUUUUGUAUUGAUUUUGUGUUGUUUUAUUGUAGACCAAAAAAUCAAACUUAAGACUAAUCUCAAAUACAGGGCUAGAAAAAAAGGAAUGGCAGUUGUUACACUAAUAAGGAUUCAAACACAGAAGGGGGGUUCUACUUGCWGAUUUACCACUGUUCCAGCUUGGGUGAAUAACUCAGCCUCUGCCUCUUCCAUAGCUGAGGUGCCUUAAAACCGUGAGUAAUCAAGGCACAGUUGCUUCCCAGGAUGCAGCUCCGUAUGCUUAUAAUUGCUUUGCUUGGUUUUGGAGGUAGGCAGAACUGAAAUCUUUCUAGGAAGAAUUUUAGGUUGUUGUAUCAGUUUGACACAGAUCACAUGCCAUCACUUCCAGGUGACAAGGAUCACGUGAAGGAUGCUGUGGUCUGCAUCCAGCACAUCAGUGCCUGCCCAAACUGAAGAUAAGCAUGCUUUUGAGAGCUCAKAUGUGUGGGACAUUCUCUGAGUUCACUCCUCACAACUCAUUAUCCCCUCCUUAUCAAACAAGUGUYUAUGUGGAUAUACAUUGACUAAAACCUGUGAUCAUCCUAAUAUGACAGUAACAGAGCAGUACAAAUGCCUCAGCUAAGUAGAUGAUAUUUCUAAAGAAAAAAUUCCUGGCUAAUAUACUUAGAUCACUAAGAAAUGUGUAAGUGCAGGGUAGAAAUUCAGGGCCAAAACUUUAAAUUUCUCUUAGCUCUCAUGGAAGAAGUYCUGGAAAACUCCAGGGAGAAAGUUUGUUCCUGUGAGGAUCUGGAGRUACUUAUGGGUUUUGUGCAUUCCCCUGGUGCUUUAACCAUGAGUCCCAAAGGUCGUGCGAUUCGUUUUAUAUGUGCAAGACAAAGCAUUCAGUGUUUUUCUGCUGACAUGAAAUAUAAGAACCACAUAAAGGAAAAAAUCAGGAGAUAUUAAGGGUCCUAGGAAUGCCAAAAAAUCUCAAAGCGAACAUAUCCCAUUAUUAAUUGCAUUCUGUUGUGUCCUCCAUUAUUAAGAUUAUGAAGAUAUUUCAUGGUGCUUUGCUGAUAAACUGGAUACUUUAGCCAUUUCUUCCACAACAUCCUUCAAAAACCUUAUAGCAAAAAUACAGUGGUAUCUGACUCAUCCCUAUUCCUGGAAAUAUCUUAAGCAUURUCUUAACUGUUAAAGGUUAAUUCUGAAAAGAUGAAACAGAGAGGAAAACCCUAUUUGCCAGUAAUAUUCACUGCCASGCAUAUUCUGGAAACUUAAAAGUACUAAAAGUAAAAAAAAUUCUGUCACAAAUAGCAACAAUAAUUAAGUGAAGUAGUCCGGCUCCUCUCAAAUCAUGGAGGAUUAUUUCAAUGCAGAACUACCGGGUAUGAUUGGAAAGGAUAGACAAUGAAACCACAGCAGCACAUCUGUUAUUGGCAGCACAGCCACUGGUGAAAAUCUGAGCAGGAAAAAAUGCAUUUAUAAACCACAUUAUGUUAAUUUCUGCAAAGAGUCAGUGUUAGGAAAAAAAUACUGGCUUAAAGCAGGCUAAAUCUGUGUGGAAAAGACAAUCCAGGAAAAGAAUAUAAGACAAAAUCUGCAUCAGAGGUCUCUAAUCUCUCGGGUCAGCAAAAAGUACCAAUUGGAAAAGCAGCGGAAUAAAACCGCAGACCACAAGCAGACUAUUCUUGCUCAAUAACCCUGGGGAUUCCCAAACAGAUCAUGAAUUCACCUCUUAGGACCAAGGCUAAAACCAGUGAUAAAUACGAUGAUUGUUCAGUAGAAGCCAGAGUUAAGGAAGCRGGGCUGAUCAUUCAGGAUUUCAAACAGCGGCAUCAGAAAGUGCUGCACCCACUGAAGGUUCAUGAGGGAUAACGAGCUGAACAUCCUGGCUGUGUCUAACAGMACAAGAUGUUUGGCCACAGCUGUUAAGCAAGAUCUCUAAGUGAGGGAGGGACAUAUUAACAAGGAGCAUGGUUCAACAACUAUCUGCCAAAUAAAGGUUUCAAUGUGACCUUGUGGAAUCAGUGUCAGCACAGAAGUUCCACGAAAGGAACCCUUGCGCAAUAAAAUCAAAUUAAAUUCAGUACUUAAGAGAAGGACUGAUUAGUCAUCUGGAAUCAACAAAUGGAAAGAUUUCUAGUGAAGAAUGGUCGGAAGUUUCGAAUGCUGGAAUUGCCCUUGAUACUAUUUUCCUUAGAUAGCCUUUGGAGCUUUCAAGGAGUGGCCAGAAAUUCUUUUAUUUUAACUACAAUGCACUAUAAUUUUAUUCCUUACUGUUACAGUCAUUGCAUAAUUCUUUAUUUUUUCAAUUAUACUAGCGAGUUAUUUCAAAAUAGUCACAGAAAUAUUCAAGUGAUGGGGUUUUUUUCCUGUCAUUUAAAAAAACACAAAAGUGUGUGUGCCUGGGGGAAACGCCAUGAAAAACUAGCUGGGAUACAUUAGGGUUUUCUGCAUGUUGGCAUUUGCAGACACCCCAAUGAGCCAGUGGCAGAACAGACAGUAAUUGCAACUACAAAUAAUGUAAGAACACAACAAUGGAAAUAGUAGGUUGGGCCAAGGAUAAUAUAGGUUAGCAUGAUCUCUUGACAGUGACUAGUAGAAAAUUCUUUGAGAAAAGACUGUAUGAACAGAAAAAGCACRCAGGAGUCAUGAAGAUAGUGCAGAAGGAUGUAGCACAAGGAAAAGGACAAUCAUAAAGGUCCCAGAUGAACUUCCACGUCUAAAAGGAAAUCAUGGGCUUUUCUCUUCCUGUAGAAGCUCUUUAAGUCUCUUCUUUCAGUAACUCCUUUGUUGAUUCCCCUUCUUUCUCUGUCCUAGCCAGGAAACAAUUACAUGAAGACAACUGCCCUGUCUUCCUAAAAUGCAGUGCAUGUCCUAGGAGUGUUGCCUUAAGGGACAAACUACAGUGCUCUGCAGAGGCAGAGACCCCUUCUCUCCACAGUCACAUGAAAGACAGAAAAGAUUAUUUUGCACCAUGUUUUGCCAUGACAGAAUGCAGGAAAAAUGAAUAUGUCUGUCAAUACUAUGACCACUACUGGAAAUAWAACACUUCAACAGCUUCUGGGGAAAACUUAGCUCCUGCACUAUGAAUAUGAAUGGCAGCAUUUAAAUGCAGUUCCCUGUCACACAUGGAAGACAAAUAAUUCUCCAAGAUCACUGAGUAGAUGGAGGAAAACCACAAACAGCUGAGCUAUAACCCAUGCACCUCAUACACUCACUUUCUCUGGCACGGUAAUGCACUGAAUUGCCAAAGACAGUCUGAGCUGGAAUCAAAAUUAACAUUCACAUGCAGAUAUUAAACAAAGACUACUAUUUCAUAAAUGCACCACAGGCCAAAGUUAGAGUACAAAACCCCAUUUUUUUAAAAUUGCAGAUAAUUAAUUGAUAAGAAAACCUCUCACAAACAUGUUUAGCCAGCUGAACAGACCUAACCCACAGUUAAUACAAUUUCUGUUUUAACUUUAACAAUAGAAAACAUGCUGCCAAAAUCUGUGUAAUCUUGGAUUUGUUUGGAAAGAUGAGGUCAGAACUGUAGCUUGGGUAAGUUCGAAUGGAARGGUUUGUCACAUCUGUAACCUAUAAUUGAACAGACAGUUCAACUGAGUUUGUUAGCUGAAAAAAUGUCAAAGAAUCUCAAUAUGAUUUUCAGUCUCUAAAAGAAGAAAAAAAUAGUUUUGCAGCAACAUUAAACCAUCCACAAGAGCUUCAAAAGAAUGGCACAAAUAGGCUAUAUGAUAAAUAUCAAUGAGUUUCAACAUAAAAAUAAAUGUAAUAAUCUAAAUAUCAAUAGUACACUGAUUUAAAUAUGUUUCCUGCUUAAAAAAAACUAUUGUGUAUCUUCAAAGCUAGAAGAAAAUGCUUUMUAAAUCAAUGUUUUCUAAAAGCCUCUGUAGACUGUCAUAUAUGAUUCAUCACAACUAGCUUAAAAUAGCACUGAAUAGAUGUAAAUAGGCACAAUGUUUGAUUUCAAGCCUACAGAAAACAUUAAUSAUCAACAAAAAUGGAAAAUGCAAAGUUUAUAGAGACGUAAAUUGAAUAUAAUGUCUUUGAUAUGGAAGAUAAGGGAAAAUGAAUGGCAAUCAACAUACUGAUAUUCCAACUGAUAUAAUCAACACUAGAUAUGAAUCAGUUAAAUAACGUGACAGAAAAGGCAUUUUAUAUCUAAGAUGUAAUCCUACCACAACUGUUCUUCACACAUUUCAMGCUCAAAACAACAGAAACAUUACCAUGAUUUUAGUUUUCUAUUCAUAUACAUAAGGAAAACAAAAUCAUAGAAGGAUUUAACAUUUCCUAAGUACAACACCCAUAACAGAGGCGACAUGGCUGUGUAUGAUUUAUUUUGGCUUGCUUUCUCUAUUAGCUGCUAAAGUUCAUUAUGAUACUGGAUUAARUUCUGUCACUAAAAAAUUUGCAUGCUGAUAUCGUUGAGAAUGUUAAUUUAUCCUGUGAUAUAAAAGCCAAAACCAUGACCAAAAUACUUUUUUAUUCUUGGCCAGUUKUUCUUUUCCAUCACCAAUCUAGAGAGUAAAUUGUUUUCACCCAUAAUCACACAGUAAUUUUCUAAAACAAAAGAAAUCACUCUGAAAUUGUUAUAGGCUUCAUCAACAAUUUCAAUCAUGUAUUGUCUGAUUAAAUAAUAAAAUGCAUUAUAGUCUCAAAACAUCAA